GCCAUCCCCGAGUGAAGGGUGAGGGUGAGACCCCGGGCAGCCGCUCCCUCCAUCGCCUUCCCCGGCUCCGCGCUCCCUCCCAGGAUUUCAAGGCAACAGGAGACUGGAAACAGUCUUCACAACACAGCAUUCACCCUGUGAGGACUGAGGUGACCUCCAAGACUCUUCCCAGCAUGUUCAGUGAAAAGAGCAGUGCCUCUUUGCCCCAAAAACCCACCCAGAAGAAGACCCGGCCCCAGGGCCUCCCCUCCCCUGCUCUCUGCUGUGCUUGUGGACUCUGCAUCAUGCUAGCAGGGAUCAACAUCACCUUAGUGGGAGCUUUUGCCUUUGGGACCUUCCUCCCUGUGAACAACCCUCCCAUCAUCAUCGGGCCCAUCCUGCUGGUGGUGGCCUUCACGUUCUUCGGUGCCUGCUGCAUCUGCAGCCGGAGGCCCCCGGCCCACGGGGCCAGGAAAUCCAAACCAGGCUCCAACAUCGGCCUCAUCAAACCUGGCAACACAGCCUUUGAAAUUGAAACCAGCGAGCACACGGUGCAGGACACCACUGCUGUCCAGCUGAGCCCCACCAACUCCCCCAUCUCCUCCAAAAAGUCCACCCCAGUGCACGAGAACGCCAAGGCUUGCAAACUCUUCACCAUGGAGGGCAACGGGCCAGUGGCCAAAUACUCCACAGGGGGAGAGGCCAUACAGCUCAACCUGCCCAGGGACCUGGCCACAUCCUAAACCCAGGCAAAGCUUUUGUCAGCAGCCAGCCAAACGCUGCCAUGGGCGGGCUGGAAUUGUGCCAUCAGUCAGGGGCGUGGGGAAGGUGCUUGUGGAAAGCCAGCAGUCAGUCAGGUCUCUCUGAACCACUUUAAGGGAGAUGGAUGCAACAGCAGAAAGAAAAAUAAUCCAGAUUUUUUUUGCUGAAACAUGCCCAUUAUACAGUUUUAAAAAGAAAACUGAUAACGAUGCUGCUGUGAAAAGAUGAUCACGGUUCCUGGAAAUACGCUGCCGUUUUUGGGGAGCAGAUAGAAGAGGGGAAUGAAUUAAUUUGUCUGAUAUAAUGUGACAGUUGGAAGGAGAGGCUACCUGGGACUGACAAAUGACAGCUCUUUCUUCUCAGAAGUGAAGCAAUUCUUGGACAUAAAAGAAGCAGGAACGCAGUAAAUUACAGCUUGCUGCCACUCAGUCACAAGAAGAUUUCAGCAUUUUUAGUGCCAGACUUUUUGGCAGUAGGGACAAAGCUAUGUCUUUGCUACUGAAAAAGCAGUGUGAAGCCAUCUCUCCUCUGCUGAAAAUUCUUGCCCCAGCCUGCCCUCAUUUGGGUGAUUUUACUGCCCAUUCUAAGAGAAGGAACCACAAGGAUCACAAUCAGCGCUGGUAUUUUCCUCUCACAUUAAUGAGCUUGAGCUGCAGCUGUGCUACUCCUCUCAGUGUAUUUCUUGGAAGAUCAGUCAGGCUGGAUCCUUGGGGAUGAGCUCCUGGGGUAACCAGAGACUAACAGGAGCCUGCAAAUUAAAUCUUUGGGCCGUGAUUAUGUAUUGAGUACUAGGCAACAUUCUUCCCAUAUUUUUGCGGAAGGCUGGCCUGGGACACACCUCAGGGCAGGGGGUAGAUGACUGUAUGGGCUUCAGAACUGUAUGGGCUUCAGAAUAGCUCUGCUGGAAGAUGGUGACUGUGGGAUCCAUUGCCCAGGAGUGGAUCCUUGCUGCAGGAAAUUGAGUGCUCAGGGUGCUCACAAAGCAGUGGGAUGAGUUUGCAGAAGAGAAUUUAUCAAGAGCUGUUCCAAGCAAAGAUGCCCCCUGUGCCUCAGAAAGACCCUAAUCUGAUGGAAUAAUGCUGCAAAGGAUUUGUGUUUUUCCCUGGGGGACUCUGGCUGGGAGCACAGUGCUGUGCUGAUGGGCUUUGCUCUGACUCCUGCUCAGUGUGGGGAAGGACAGCACUGCCAGGCAGGACUUGUAUGUGGGGAGGCAGCAGCAAGAGAGUGGAUCUUGAGUAGGAAUGGCUGCACAGGUCCUCUGUUUAUGGUAACUCUAUAUUUGAAGUGUGGUUUUUGGGACUUUGGAUGACAAGGGAAUCAUCUGGACCACACCACUUCACUGCAGUGGCCCGGCUAGCCCAGGAUCCAGCUUCUGACAAGACUGUGAGCAAGGUCUGGAGAGGAACAUAAAGACAGGGGAAAACCAGGAUGCUGCUUGCCAGAAGUGCUUUCCCAGCUUCCAAUGUGCUAUUGCUUAGGAGCUUCCUGAGCUGGCAGUGGUGCCUGUAUGUAGCAGCCCUGAGUGGAUUUCUCCCCCAUGAAAUAAUCCAUUUGCGCCUUGACUGUCUGUCAGUUCCCAUCAUUUGUGAUCCUGCAGCAGAGAGCUGCACACUUUGGCUUCUUUUCAUCCUGCAUCCUCCUACCUCCCUUUGAUGGCUCAAAUUUCCCAGGUUAGAAGGGUCAGCAAACAGCCCAUGGCCUCACCACCCUUUGGGUAUUCUGAGAUGUGUUUUCCAUGCCAUGUUCCCUCCAUCCAUCUCUCUCUUACACAACUUUAUAUAUCCUGUAGCCAGAGGGAGGAAACUCUUCCCAUUCAGCCCAGCAGCAGCUGCUUGAUUGGCUGAGGACAACACAGCCCUGAGGCUUUAACCACCAGAAAUCCAUGUAGAGAGAGGUGGAAGGGCUGAAGGGGAAAUGUUGGAGGACAGGGAGGGAUUGUGGCAUGGCCAAGGCUCCCCUUGGCCACCAGGUACCUCUGUGGAGAGAAAAGCCCUGGUGCUGUACAGGCCAUGCAGGAGGUGUCCUGGCUGCUCUGGGGAGCCCCUGGGCAGCUGAUGUCCCUGCAUGAGCCCAGGUAGGAUGAGGUUGAAGUAAUUCCUUGAUAAAAGGUUAACCAAAGAGUCGUAAUGUGAGUCCCUGAGUCCUCCAGCUCCAACAGCUCCUUCUCCACAUCUUGAUUUUAGCAGGGUGGGUCUGCAGUGAUUGGGAGGAGAAGAGGCAGGUUUGGGAGAAGGGUGUUUGUGUAGGGCUGGGUAAAUGCAGGUUCAAUCUUUGGUACAGCCUCCAGGUCCUGGGCAAGUCAUUGAUGUGUGCUGUGAGGGGCAAACACCUGCUCCAGCUCCAUGGAAAGCUGCUUUAGGGAUGAGCAUUGCCAAGGUUGGCAUUGGCACACCUGAAUCUGGAGAUUGCUCUGAGCUGGGUGGAUCUGCACAGCCUGACCCCUGUGUGAUCUCUCUUAGAGCUCACUUUCUUGGAGGGCUCUGCCCCCAGCACUGCCCCAGGAAUGCAGGAACUGCUGUGCUGACAAAAAGGCUCCCUCAGUUUUUGCCUGCCUGUGAGUGCUGUAGCAAUUAGGCAGAACAGCUUGCUGAUGUAGGUUUGAUUCCCAACUUGCUGGCCUCACUAGCAUACAACAGCUUGGAAAUCUUUUAGAGACAUUUCCCACAUGAAUAUGGUUACUGCAAGAUUUUCUUUGAGCACUCAGAGCCAAACAAUUAGUAAAAUCAAGUGCUAAGCACACAAUUCCUUUCUUCGCUCGCUGAAGUCUUGAAAAGCAGGACUGGAGAGCAUCACUCCUCAUCACAGCUGCCCUGUGAAAUGCUACCAGAGGUGGAUAAUGCGAUGCCUGACCAAGAGAGCACAGCCAGCAGAGAUGGUGUCUGGGCAGGCAGAGGGGGAGGAGCAGUGAGAUGCUGAUGUGAGGUGGGUGUGCCCCACAGUGAUGCCCUGGUGUGGGUGUGCCCCACAGUGAUGCCCCGGUGAGGUGGAUGUGCCCCCAAGCUGUGACCCACACCUGCCUGCCCAGCAUGGUGUCCAUGAGAACAUCCUCUGCCUCCCUGCUCUUGCCUUCUUCUGUCUUUUGUAAUUCCCACGUCUGUCUGUCUGCUCACCCCCAUGGUCAGCUGUGCCUGAUGUUGUGAAUUUCGUGCCUCCUUGUGUACUGGGAGAUAAGGAGAGUUCCUAUUCUCCAAGUCAGCAUUUCUGGCGUGAGUCUUUUUAUAAAAAUUGCUGUUUCCGUGUGUGCAAUGUGGAAUUUGGAAAAGAGAGACACAUUAAAAUAAUUGCACUCAGAAAGCAUUUGGCCUGUCUGCCUUUUCAUUCUAACAGCCACCUUCUUCUUUAUCCCCAGACUGUGUGUGUGCCCCAAUCCUGUCUGUGUGCAUUUUGCCUCAAGCUCCUCACUCUCCUGCUUGUUCUCCCAGGAAAAAGUGUCCCUAAGAAUUCACAUUGCCUCUCAAAUGCCAGUUCUCCUUGAAAACCUGUUUGCCUAAACAUUAGUCCCACAGCAGGCUCCCACUAUCAUUGCUUUGACUAACAGGGGAAUAACCAAAUUCAGCCUUUUUUGGCUGCAGGUGUGUUUUUAACCCCCAGCUGGGCACCUGGCCAGGCCAGAUGUGAACUCUGGGAUCCCAGGGACACAGGAGCAGCAGGGCUGUGGGCUGGGCUGGGUGAGGGCUGUGGGCUGCUCUGAUUCAGUGCCUCUGAAUCAGAGAGGACUGGGCUGGAUUAUUUCAGCUGAUCCUCCCCAGCCCUGGGUAGAGAUGGUAUUUAAUUUAUGGUGCAGGGGAGGGAGCUGUAUCUGUGUGUGCCUGUGUGUCUAGGAUUGCUGCUGUCACCUUUCUGUGCCUGCUCUGGGCUUAGCCCAACAUGGUCUCCUGGAGAUGAGUCAAGGAGGGAUGGCACAGGGAGAAUAAAGAGGAUUUGAGAGCCUUGCAAAUUCACCUCGUCAAAGGGCUUCUCCUCCAUGUGCAGCCAAGUGAUUGGAGAUGAGAGGAAAUCUCCCCAUUCCAGGCAGCCUGGCUGGUUAAAGACCUGAGAAAUUAGCUGGCUAAGAAGGCUCCACUGACAAUGUGUGUAAAAUGAAAACCUUUUCCCUGCAGAAAGGGUUGUUUUUUUUUUUUUUUGGUUGUUAGGAAAACCUCCCUGGAAAGGUUUUUCCUUUUUAAAAGUGGGGCCAGAGACAAAAGCAUGGAGGAGAGUUUGCUGAGCAUCCACUGCCAUCCUCCUGCACUUGCAGCCUGUAGCAUUCCUGCACUAACCUGAGCUUCUCUUUCCAUCUGGAAGAACAAACCAGAAACAUUCUAUGAAAUGCAAUUAGCUUUUUCUAAUUUCCAGGCCAAAUUUAUCUGUGGCUGGUUUAUUUCCUUUUAUCUUUGUACCAACAAUGGCUUUUAACCAGGAUACCUUUUAACCUUCUGGAAAUUUUUAUCCCUGAAACAUUUCAGGUUUGCUGCAGAUCUCCUGGAGCUUUUCUUUCAAUGGGCUGAGCUGGCUGAUUCCUUCCAUCCUUCCCUCCUGUGAAAUGCUCACAUUUGCCCAGGAGCCCUUACUGCUCUCUGCCUUAUUCCUCUGAUUUUGGCUCAGGAGCUCCAUGAAAGCUCCUGCACAGCCAUUCUUUUGCAGGACUCCCAAGCCCACAGUGAAGUACAAACCUUCCAGGUCUGUCUUGUGCUAGAAACUGGGCAUUUUCCUUGCAUAAGGAAAGGAAGAGGGGAAAAAAAAUCCCUGAAAGAGCAAAAACCCCCGUGAAAAUGUGAAAUUUCUAUUUGCAGAGUCUCUCUGUUAAAAAAAAAAGUAAAAUGAGCUUUUAUGUCAUUAGUCUCCAUUGAAUCCAUGGCAAAUGUGCUCAAUUUAAAGGUUGAAAGGCUGUUUUUCUCACACUGUCAGAUGCUGUCAGCUCAGCUGAGCUUUCAGCACUGGGAGAGACCCUCGGGCACUGCAGCAGCCCCACUACAACCUGCUCUGGGAGAGGUUUGAGAAUUCCUUUAAAACUCCUGGAUUCCAGACUGAUGGCCCCAAGGAGCUCACCCUUUGGGGUGGCCCUGCCACAUGUCCCCAGAGUGAUUGAAGCCACAGCAGGUGUCAGUUCCCUGCUGCUGUCUCACACACUUUGCUCUCACACACUUCCUCAGGAGGCCAGGAGCUUGACUUAUUCAAUCUUAAAAUGAAUUUGAAGGUCUUGGAGAUUGAGCUCAUGCAGUGGUGGCCAGUCUGGGGGUGACCACGGCUCACCCAGGCUGCAGAAGGCAGCUGGGCCAUCAGGGCUGGUCAGCAAGGAUGGCUCCACACAGGCUCCUUCCCACACCUCUGCUCAUCUCAUUUACACAGCCUGGGCAGAGCACAUCUCACUGCUUCCACCAGCAGAUCUCCUGCUACUCAUCAUCAUCAUCAUCAUCAUCAUCAUCACCCUGAGCCUGUCCCUGCAGGACCUGCCCACACUGAGCUGGUUUUGGAGCCUCAGAGCACAGACAGUGUCAGCCUGGGAGGACAGAUGAGGUUUUUCAGGGCAUUCACGCACACAGAGUCCCCAGGAGUUUUUCCAGGGAGCCCAAAGUCAUCUGGAAAUUUUGAUUUCUUGAAAUUGGCCUGUCCUGAGAAUACACUGGUUCUCAUGAUGCUUUUGCCAGGAAAUAAACUUCCCAGGUUCCAGAUGAAAUUUCCGAUCCAAACGCUCGAGUGCUGCUCUAUUACUCAAUCCUCCAGGCACCCCUAAAAAAAGAUCUUGCUGAACUCUGUCUCCACAUAAGGACCAAACUUCAAAGGCAGCUUGGGGACUACAACUCCUUGUCAGACCCCCUGUUUUCAAUCAAAUCCAAAAAGCCAAAUUCCUCAAUGCUUCUAAUGAGCCAUGCCUCUGGGAUCUGUGUACCCUCCCCAAGACAUCACAGUGGGUUUCUCCUGCUGAAAUCUUCACUGGAGUUUCUCCCAUCCAUCUGCUGUGACAGCGAAUACAACUUCAUACAUUGUGCUCUGGCCUGCUGCCAGAUGGAUAUUUGAUGAAGUUAUAAAGUCAGACAGAAAAAUUACUUCUUUUGCUGGCAUGUAGGCAGAAAAGAUGCUUCUUUUGGAGACAAAUCCCUCUCUGUUGUUACCUCGGCAUGAGAAAUCAGUUUGAUCUAUAGUUCAUCUUUUCAUCUCCAGCUGAGCCAGGCAAACAUGAUGCUAUCAUUAGGAGCUGAUCCUCCUUCCCCCAUGGCAAGCAGCUGCUGCUUUAUCCCAUUUGCUGUCUCCAGGUCUCUGCAGUCUCCAUUUGGAGGCAGGUUUUACACGUACAAACCCAGGGGAUCUGGCUCAUGCAGCUUGCUCAGGGCUGGGCAUAUCACUGCUGCCUGCACACCAAGGCUGCUUGUGCAAAUCAGUAGCCAAAGUUGUUUUCUGGGAGCCUUUCACAGGGCCGUGGAGCUCACUGGAGAAAAAUAACCUUUAUCUGGCAGCUACAGCUGCACCUGGGAGUGGCAGAGCUGUUUGCUCCAGAGAGGUGAGCCCAGGCAGCAGAGAACUGAAAGCUCCCUGAGGCUCCCUUUCCAGCUCCAUCCCACAUGGUGAUCUACAAAUGGCUUUGCUUUCUCAUCCUUUGUCUGGAAACAACAACUGCCCCAAAACUUCUGCUGUGUCCUUGCUGGAUAAAUGGAUUUUCAUAGCCAUAUGUCUCUGGAAAUCUCUCUGAAUGUGGUCUGACACCAUGCAGAUGUCCAGCAGCCCCAUCCAUGCCCCUGGUGUUUUGCUGUGUGGGUGGCAGUAGGGCAGCUCCUGCUCUGGGUAAAGAGAAAGAUAACAGGCAAGAAAGGAAAUUGAAGCACAGGGCUGAAAAUGGGGAGCUCAGCUUUUCCCAGGAAAAGAAUAAAGCCAUAACUCUCAAUAUCUGUAACAUCUGUAACAAGGACUUCCAUGCCUUAAUCCUGCGUUGUGUGGAGAUCCACCUGCUCGUGUCUGCUGGCUUCCUUUGAAGGAGAGGGAGGAAACACCAUCUCUUUUCCUGAUUAAACCUCCAAAUACACCUUUUGUGUGGGACAGAUUCAUACCCCAAAUAAAUGUAUGUAGAUUCCCUUGUUCCA